AUGUCACGCAAAUCAAUAAAGAAAAACAAUUUGAGUAACUCUGUACCUACUUUAUAUGGAAAGGAUUACGAUGUGAAGGAGAAGAUUUAUCAUCAAUGUACAGCAAAGUUAUUGUUACAAAAGAAGUUGAAACCUGGUGAAAAAUUCGAUCAAGCCGAUAUAGCGAAGUUGGUUACCCGUCUGAAUAAAUCUCGAUCACAAAAACGUUUGAUUUUUGUUACAGAGAAUGGAUUAAGAAUGAAAGCUUAUAAAAGGUCAACAAGUAGUUAUAAACGUAUAUUUCUAUCUUAUCAACAAAUUGAUACUAUCUACCAAACACAUAAUGUAAAAAAUCUACUUAUUUUCGGUAUUGUCAGUAUGGAUAGACGAAUACGUGCUUAUGAAUGUUUAACAAUUGAAGACGAUUUGGAGUUUACAAGAUUUCGUACUUAUGUCCUUAAAGCAUGUGAAAAUGAGGAACGGAAAUUAGUUGGUUUAAAUCCAAUAGGUACACUGUCAAUGUCAUCAUUACGUGGUAAAAAAUCUAGUCGUGGAUCACUUGGUUCAAUUGUUUGGAAAGAACCCGGUCAAAAUGAUGACGAAAAUGACAUAUAUCAAGAAGAAUUAAUGGAAAAUGGCAAUGAUGUUCGUAGAGCCACAUUACCAUAUGGUGCAAACAGUUCACUAUCUAGCUUUGUUUCAUGUAGGUUAAGUAGUGAUGAAGGAUCUGUCGAGAAUGUCAAUGCUAAACUUGAGUCAGAUGAUACACAGGAAGGUAGUGAUCCAGUGCACUAUCAUAAUGGAAUAAAUGAUGAUUAUCAUGUCAAAACCGAUGAAGAUGUUCCUAGCGAUAUGUUCGAAGCGGUCACUCAAGUAGAACCUAUACUUACGCCAAUAUUUCAUGCUGACCGCGAAUCAGCAAAGCUAUUUUACAGAAGUGGAUAUGAGGAUGCCUCAUUAGAUGAUAAUUACGAAGUAACCGAUUUGUAUCCACCAUCUGACUGGCCGGCUGGAGUUACCUUUAUUUAUCCGGAUUCUGUAGCUGGUGCAACAAUUUCACAUCUUGGACCUAUUUAUAUGUACUGUGAAAGAAUUGUCAAUGAUGACAAUGAUUAUAAUGAGGAACAGACUGCAGCCUAA